AUGGCACCCACCGCUGUGGACUAUGAGCCGGAAUCUGGCUAUAUCCAGAAGCUCAAGGCCGACAUCAAGAAUGUAGACAAAAGCGUCUUCCCAGAUGGCUUCAAGACAACUGGCCAACACCCACCCAAGUACGACCAAAUCUACCCAUACAGUGACUUCCCCAAGAGCAUCGAGGGACCGACCGUUUGGAGGCCAGAGGACUACUCCAACAACCCCGAGCGAUGGGUUCACCAGUUUUCCGACGAGGAGAUUACUGAGCUCUCUGCCGCAGCCGACAGAUUCAUGGAGCUCAAGCUGCCCCUGACCGGCAUCACCAAGGACAACUUCCCCCUGCCCAACCUUGCACCCUCACUAGCCUCCAUGCGCCGUGAGAUGCUGGACGGAAAGGGAUUUAUCCUGUACAAGGGAUUCCCCGUUGACGUUUGGGGUAACCACAAGUCGGCUGUCGCCUACAUGGGUCUCGGUGCCUACAUUGGCUACCCAGUCUCGCAGAACGGAAGGGGCCACAUUCUCGGCCACGUCAAGGACCUCGGAGAGGACAGCACUCAGAUCGACAAGGUCCGCAUCUACAGGACAAACGCCCGUCAGUUCUUCCACGCCGACGACUGCGACGUGGUCGGUCUCCUGUGCAUUGCCAGAGCCGAGUUUGGCGGCGAGUCCGACGUCUCCUCGAUCCACACUGUCUGGAACAUUCUCCAGGAGGAGCGACCCGACGUGGCCGAGCUCCUGGCCAAGCCCGUCUGGUACUUUGACCGCAAGGGCGAGGUGUCUGAAGGCGAGGAGCCUUACAUAAGAACCUCGGUCUUUUACCUGGAGCCCAAGGACCCAGCCAACCCCGACCGCGAGCAGCGCGUGUACUGCAAAUGGGACCCCUACUUUGUCCGCAGCUUGAAGCGAUUUUCCGACGCUGGCAUCAUCCCGCCGCUGUCGCCCGAGCAGGUCGAGGCCACUGAGAUCCUGGAAAAGACUUGUGACCGGGUGAAGCUGCACAUGGUCCUCGAGGUCGGCGACAUUCAGUUCGUGGCCAACACGCACACCCUCCACGCCCGGACGGCCUACCGGGACUUUGGCCCGGACUCGGGCAAGCCCCGACGCCACCUCAUGAGACUCUGGCUGAGUGUUCCCGAGGAGGAGGGCGGCUGGAGGCUCCCGUUCUGGGACUCGAACGAGAAGAAGAGAGGUGGAAUCCAGGUCAACGAUACCCCGCCAGUCGCCAGACUUGAUGCCGACUAG